AUAAUGGCUUGUAUAAAGCUAAAAAAGUUGGAGGAGUACUUGCAUGGUGUGGAUAAAUUUGAAAAGCCGAAAAUUAAGUUAGAACAAUACAUAACUCCUCCACACAUAGCUAGUUGUGUGCUUUACAACAUCCAGACAUUAUAUGGUGACAUUGAAGGGAAAUAUGUAGGGGACUUAGGUUGCGGUAGUGGUAUGUUAAGUAUCGGUUCAUUCCUUCUUGGUGCUGGUAUGACCACAGGUUUUGAAAUCGAUGAUGCUGCUUUAAACACGUUUCAAUCCAAUGUAUCUGAUAUGGAAUUGCCUGGUAUAGAUUGCAUUUUAUGUGAUGUACUAACCUUGUCUAACAGUGAUAAAUGGGAAAACGCCUUUGACACAAUUGUUACCAAUCCUCCAUUCGGAACGAAAAAUAAUAGUGGAAUCGAUAUGUUGUUUGUUCAGACUGGUAUAAAUCUAGCUUCGGGUGCGGUUUAUUCAUUUCACAAAAGUUCCACACGAGACUACAUCCAUAAAAAGGUGAAAGAUUGGCACGUGAAAGGGAACGUGGUUGCCGAACUGAAGUAUAAUAUUGACACCAGCUAUUCCUUUCACAAAAGCAAAAGCGUUGACAUCAGUGUGGACUUUUGGCGAUUCGAUGUGUCCGAGAAAAAUCUUUGAUGCGAUUGCACUACUUAGUUUUUGUUUAUUUUAAUAUUUUUUCAUUUAUUUCAAAUACCAAGAAAUUGAUUACAUAUGUAUGUAUGUUCGUUUAUAUGUUUAUGUUGAAACUAGAGUAUUAUAGAAAAAAAGGCAGAUUUGUCUUGCCGACCACCCACUUUCAGCAUUUUUCGAAGCAUUUAUAAAAAUAUAAAAACUAUUUCACUGAUGGCAGGAAAAUAGUAUUUUUAACAGUAACAUUUCUUAGAAUUUUCUAUAUACAUAUGUACCAAUGCAUGCGGUUGAUAAGGACGAUCAUUGAAACAGCUAUAAUACAGGUACAAGCUAGUGUAGAUAAUAAGCAAAAUAUACGUAUAUAUGUAAAUAAUUUGAAUUUAAUGUAAACUUUCAAUUCAUUUAUUAUUUGUAGAUAAUAUGUUGAAAUAACAAAUGUAAUUGAUUUAAUUAAAAUUUUGAUUAAAACAAUAAACAUGUUUUUAAAACGAAAAA